GUAUAAAGCAUUUGUCUAAGUAUUUUGGCACUUAGUACUUGUUCCUUCACACAGUAAGUUGACCAAAAUCUGCUGCUGUGGGAUGAUCAUCAAAUCAGACCUGCAACCAACGCCCAUGCCCUUGCAAUCGACCUGACAUUGUCAUCUUUUGACCAUGAGUAGCUCAUCGAAUAGGCGGUUGGUAGGAAGAUUGCUGCUCCUAUGGCAAUUCGUGGUUGCCUAUGCUGCAGCUGCAUCGGAUACCAAGUUGAGGGAGCGACAACUGCAACCAGAGGAAUUGGAAGACUCGUCGACCUUUGACCUUGUCGGUGCUGUAACUGCCAUCCCCGAAAUCUUUCCAUUUUUUACUCUGUUUGCCAAUGGUGAAUGUGCAGGCACUCUUAUAUCCCCAACACGGGUAUUGACCUCUGCCAGUUGUGUUCAGGGGUCACAUCCAGAUACUGUCCGCGUGGGUGCCACCAAUCGAACCGACGGACGAGAAGUUAGAGUGCGAUGUGCCAAGUCGCACCCCUUGUACGUGUGGCCCAAGUUCCAGUAUGAUAUUGCCGUCCUCAAGAUCAAUGAGAAGGACCGAGUCGACGACAUUGAGUUCCCGGUAUUGAACAGAGUCUUUUCCGAACCUUCAUUUGAGGGUCAGCCUUUGUUGGUGGCAGGAAUGGGACGAAACACAACCACAGGAUAUGCUGCUGAGCACCUAAUGCAGCUUCUUUACGGCUUUGUGCCGGAGGCGGAGUGCAAAAGAUUCUACGGAGACGACAUUACACUAGGAUUGCAUGUUUGUGCCGAUGGCGUCAGAGCAGGAACCUGCUUUGGAGACUCUGGUGGCCCCCUUCUUUCAGAUUUGCUUCCAAGAAUUCUUGUUGGGGUUGUUAGCGGGGCCGUUGGAGGAUGCGCUGAUGCGUAUGCACCCGAUGUCUACUCGAGUGUUGCAGCAUUUGCUGACUGGAUUGAUGACCAAGAAGAUGAUGAAAGCUGUGAUAGGGAGUGUGUUGGUUGCUUGUGUAGUUUCUAUUCAUUCAUGGGAAGGACUGGUUAUCAGAUAUCACGCUACUUCACUCCUUAGGAACAAGGCAAGCAAAAACUGAUUGAUUUGGUGACGAGAUGCCGCUGUUCUAGAGCACCGUAUGGAAGCAUGAACGCAUGAACGCAUGAACGAAUGACUGGUGGCACGUUCUUAAUAAAGCAAAAGGUACAUAGUGUUUUAUCAUUUAUUCUAAUACAAAACACAUACUGGAGGCUUCC